UCAGCGGUCUCUUCUCGAGACGGAGAACUCCUCCGAGGACAGGUCUCUGUGACAAUUGCGGUCAAUCAGGCUGGCAUUGUCAGAAACGUGACCGCACGUUCCUAGUCGGAAGAGACGCUCGUCGGCGACCGAGCGGUCGAGACGUGCCUCGUCGAUCCUCUCGGAAAGAGAGAAGCGUGGGAUCCACGCUCGCGAUCGUCACCGUGCUAGUCUCUCCGUAGGCUAGCACAUAUCACGAAUCGUUAAUAAGAGCUUACGAUUCGAUCGGCGUCGUCGUCAGCUCGAAAUCGCUCGAAGCGGAAGACCGUUCGACGACGAGAGGGUCGAAGAUCUCAUAGAAAGUAACACGACCGUCUCGCCGCAGUUGUUGCCGGAGAGGACGGAAAGAGGAGGCGAAUAUACGACUGUGAUCUACGACACCUAAGCAUCUGCUAGGAAUAAGAAGAAGAGUAUCGUGCACCUGUGGCACACUACACGCUAACGAAGUUAAAGAAUCAGCGUCUCUCUGGAGAAGCGAGGAGUUCGAGUCGACCCCGCGAUCGAAUCGUUGUUCCAGCCUAGAUUAAUCGCGAAUAGGCGCUCUCCGCGAUCGAUCGGUUUGUGAUCUCGUUUGGCACAGGUGGCGGGUAACCAGGGCGAUCUUGAGCGCAAAGUGCUCGCCAACGGCUGCCAAUAUAUUCCAGACACUGGGAAGAAUUGAUCCGAGGAGUCUCGAGCAUUGUCUCGAUAUCGGUGGCCCGAUAUCGUUUACGGGGCAUUUCAUGAUCGCAUUCCCCAUGAGAAUAACUAGUCUCUCCGUCACCGUAGCGAUCACAUCCCACCUGUUUGCGUCCGCAACAGUAACGUCCCGUAGUAACGGCUGAGAAAGAGUGCCAGACUGUGAUAUUGUCUCGUGAUAGAGAAGUCGCCUUAUGAUCCACGUUUUACUUCAACGCACUCAAUGUCCGUGUAUCGAUUAAGCGUGAUCGUGACCCUGGUGUUUGUGGCGUUCCUCGCAAAAUCAGGAAACGCACAGUCCGAUCAACUGCGCUCGAGAUGGCCCGUAGAUGUGCGGCAAAGGUACUGCGGCAGGAGACUGUCGAAUAUUCUACAAACAGUCUGUACGGGAGUAUAUAAUAAUAUGUUUAAAAAAAAUGUCCAACAAGAGGAAAAUAAGACACAACAAGAAAGAUCAUUGUCUGUCGAUACCGGCACCGGGCACAAUAAUAUGUUUUCAGAGUUGGAAGUGUCCGAAUAUCCGCUCAACUAUGAAAGACCUUCCCUCUUUAUAUCCGGGAUGGGGGCGACCCAAUUUAUAAAUCGCUACCAUGGCAGCCGCGUCCGAAAGGAACGAGGUAUCUACGAGGAGUGUUGUCUCAAUGGGUGCACGUUUAGCGAAUUGUACACUUACUGCGGUCCACAACAAUAGCCAGUUCGCCGACACUAAUGAGCGUUCGGAGAUCGGUAACAUUUCGAUUUCCGCUUUACCGUUCGAUCACCAUGCAAAACCGGAUAAUCCAAGAUAAUACGCACGUAUACACAUACACAGCAUACAGGACAUACAAAUAUGAACAUACAUAAGCACAAACACAUACGUUGGAAAAUUUACCGGCAAUCGCAUCAUCUCGUUCACGCUAAUGAUUGAUUCGUGAUAAUGAUGUAUACAUUAAUGUAAUCGCGAAAAAAGAAACUGAUCUUUAUACUAUUAUAUAUAUAUAUAUAUAUAUAUAUAUAUAUAUAUAUAUGUGUAUAUAUAUAUAUAUAUAUAUAUGUGUGUGUAUAUGUAUAUAUAUAUAUAUAUAUAUAUAUAUAUAUAUAAUACACACGCACACACACACACACAUAUAUACAUACAUAUAUAUAUAUAUAUAUAUAUAUAUAUAUAUAUAUAUAUAAUACCACUAAAAGCUAAACUUUAAUUGUGAUAGAAAGCAGAUUAUUAUGUAGAGCGAAAUCUCUUGAGGCGGACAAGAUGUUUAGUCCGAUUUUAUGCAAUUAUUGGAUCUCGAUAUUUAUUAUUAAAGCAUUUCUGAAGGGUUCUUCCUUCGUCUGCUGCUCUGUCUUGUCCACGUCAAUGGGAUAUCUCAUAAAUGUAUAUUUAAGAUAUUGUUCUCUCGAAAUUGCGCAGGUGUUUCAUUUAAAAUAUGUUUAAUGUGAGAAACGGCGCUUUUUCCUCAGAUUAAUCUGCCAAUAGUUUGAUACAGUAAAUUAAAACAGGCUUUGUGCCAAAUUUCGAUUUAUAUCUUUUUUCUUUUUUUUUUAAUUUACUUGUGAACACAACCCCAUCGUUAGGAGUGUGAUCUACUUGUCCUUAAACUCUAAAAACAAGUUUACGAAUAAGCCGUUCGAUCGAGAAUGCAAUGCAAGCAAUGUUUUACACGAUUGCUCGAGUGUAUGGCAAAUUGCAUUUGCAAACUUGAUGUUCAUUUCGCCAAUAACUCGUUUGCGGUAUUUGUCACGCUCUUGUGAUCGCGAAAGGCAACAUCAGUUGCAUUCGCGGAUCGGCCCGCGAAUGCCAAUUCGGAAGAAUCAACGUCGAGAGGAAGAGAGAAAUCAAUUGCGAUUUAUACGCGUGUAUCUACCGCGUGUAUGAUUACGUAUAAUUAUACCGGAGCGAUCAUCGUGCGACACGUGAAAAAUGGAGAACGUCGCGUGUCGUCGAUGUCACGCGACGUCAUGCUUGCCUCGUCCGACGAAAUCGAUCGCGGUUGGACGUUCUUUUCUUUUUUUUUCUCUUUUUACACUUAUCAGUCGGGCGAGUUAUUGAAUUGGCAUUCUUCGACUGCUGUAAUCCAUUCCAUCGGUUCUCACCUCGACUCGUUUAGCGUUAAAUGUGCGAUAUUGUGCGUUAACAAUAUCGCAUAUUCAUUUCUCCCUGUGUAUUUUUACGUGAUCUCAUAAAAUUUGAGAGAUAACGGGAGUCGAAAUUUUCACAUCCUUGACACCUGUCGACUCUUCAUUUUAUUUUGUAGUAUUAUGCCCGAAAAUGAAGUUAGUGCAAGAUAUGCAAGAGAUAGCACGCUAAGUGGAGGAAAGAAUGAACUUUUUAUAAGUCAGCCAUACCGUCUAGAGGUUUCGUGUGCACAUUUCGACCGCUCUGCGUACACGAACGUCGUUGGAAAUUACUCUGCUCGUGACUUUAGCGUCGGAUGUGUCGUGAUUAUUAUAUGCAUGCGCGACAUAACAAUCGGAAGAUACGAUCGCAUGGUGAUUCCUGGCGACGAAGCACAGAAGGAAUGGCUUGAUACCGUUAGUUUUCUCUUCUUCUGUACUGAAUUCGAGGUUCCUUUACGAGAUCGAGAGCGGGAGUACGCGAGAAAAUUGUAAUUGCUUCGCGACGUAAAACCAGGCGCGAUCGUCGUAAACGGACGUCGAAUUUCGUAGGACAUUACUGUCUAGCUAGCGUUGCUUUUAAUAAGCCAGAGGCUGUGACGAAUUUCAGAGAGGUAUCCGCGACUGUACCGCACAUGGUGAUAUUACUCUUAUUCGUAGGACACGUAUUCCUUUGUGGGAAGGAUCGAAAUGAUCGGGAAGCUUACAUCAUGUGUACACCGAUUUAUUGUUUCGCACCGAAAUUCGUGGGCAAGUUUGGCGGAGACUCGACUCGUGACGAUUGAUAUCGAUUCCCAAGAGUGAGAUGUGAAUCGACGAUGUGCAAGAGAUUCGUUCGAAAUGUUAAUCUAGACUUAACUGUUAUCUUGCUAAUAGUCGAUUCGUAUCUGAUUGUUGGAUAGAAUUCUCCGAUUAAAUCCGAUUGUCGGGUAACAAUUGCAAAAUCGUUGUACUCGCCGAACGCGACGCUACUAGUGUGCCAUGAAGAUGCCUUCUCUUAGAAACAUAAGGUAGCCUUAAGAAACUCUACCUUCACAUUCGCACGACGAUCGUAUGAAACCGAUCUAGAUUUUUUGGAGUAAAAUUUCACUCGGAAAAUAGAGUGAAUUUGAGUGAUUUUCCAGCCAGAUAGAGUGAAUCUUUUACUCCGAAUCAUCGAGUGAAUAUUUUCUCUCAUUUUACUUCAUUCGACAAAGUGUACAAAUCGAUUUACAACCGAGUGGCAGCAUCUUCACUAUUAUUUCGAAUGAAAAUACUGUCACUUUUCACUCGUCUCGAGUGAGACUCCACUCCAAGAAAUUUCGAGAGAAUGAAUGAAACUUCAUACCGUCGAAAGAAAGAUCACAAAUUGCCAUCCUUUUCGAGAGGCACUUUUGUUUUUGAUUAUACAAGGACGUGAGAUAAGAAGUGAUUUCAACAAAAGAAUCGGUAAAUAUACGAUGUAUAACGAGAUAAAAAUUGCAAGACAAUGUGUUAUGAGGAUGUGGUGAUUAAUUUAGAUUUGAAUUUACGAGAUUUCAGCUUAUACGAUAUUCCUCUUUUUCUUUCUUAAUUAUUAUAACAUAGUCGAGAGGGAAAGGAAGAAAGACGAUUGACAAGACAUUGUGAUUGCAAAACAAAUUGCUUAUCGUUGAGACGGAAGAAACUUAAACAAAUCGCCAGCAGCGCAAACUUUUAAAAACUGUUUUAAAAACCUCUGAAAAACGUUCUAUACCUUUUAGACUCCUCUAAGAUCUUUUCAAGAAGUCUUUUAGAAAUUUAUGUUGUCUGGGCGUCACGAUUCAUUUUCACCGACCGAGUGUCGAGCUCUUGUUACGUAUUCGUAACAAUUGAUCUCCUUAAAACACAUGUCGUUUACUUCGUCACGCACGUAAAGACCCAAAUGCCAUUCCGAAGUAUACACGCACUAUAUCCGCCUUAUACAACUUGCACCUUACAACUGACUCUCGUAGGAUCUACAACGUCGGUCCAGCGCUUAUCCCAGUUAAUCGAAUUUCUCCGCCUAUGUCGCGGACGUGUUCGUAAGCUCACGAAGAGACGGUAAUUCGCUAACUCGGAUCAAGUCGAGCCUGUUUCGUUGCGAUCCAUCGCGAGGAAAACGUUUGACAACGUGCGAAGAUUCAGAAGUUAGAUUCUUCAAAUUGUGUUAUGUUAUCGUAUUCGUGACAUUCACGUGAUUUUUUGAAGAGAAUAUUAGUUUUAUUUUCUUUCCUAUAAAUUCUUCUCAAAGCAUAUUUUUAGUAAUAAAGUUUGUAGUAGUUUGUAGUAGUUCUCGUGUGUUUUUCAUGUUCAUGGGUUGUCAAAUUUUCCUCGCCAUCAAUCUCGAUAGACUAUCAUGUCGCGCUGCUCGCCUGUUCGUCGCCGAUCUUUUUGAAGUGAUGUCACAAAACAAUUAUAGCCGUCAAGGCUGUCAUUUAUUGAUUAGACGGCAAUUACGUUAUCGUAAUCGAGAUUAUUGUGUACCAUUGCCCGUUGCGCAGUUAUAAUGACCGUUGUCAUUCUUCAUUCUCGUCAUCUCGUUGUAAUGAGAUGUGAUUUAUAUCGCUAACGUUGCCGCCGAGCUUGCUCGAUCGCAUUUCGACGGCGCCUUCUAUUUUCGCAACAUUUUCCACCCCUCCUUCUUUCCAUUUCGUUUCGACAAUCUCCCCCGCGCGAUGAUGAUGAGAUAGCGUGAAAACGAGUCAGGGUCGAAACACGAAACGUCGAAAUCUGAUAUAAAUAGCAACAGAUACGAUCUAACCACACGGAAAGAGAUACAAGAUAUACACAGGAUACAUGAAAUGAACAAUUAGAACACGGGAAAAAAGCUAGGUCGAAUCAACCAAAUUUCUGUGGUAAAAGAAUUUCGCUUAAAAUUACCAAAAUUCUGUUCAAGUUGACAAGAUUUCUGGAUAAUUUGAGUAGUUGCAAGUUCUGAUUAACCAGAAAUCUUGUCAACUUGCAAGUUAAUCAGAAAUCUUAUUAACUUGAGCAGAAUUCCGCCAAGUUUCGGAAUUUCUGAUUCGUUCAUACUUCACCAGACCAGAUUUGGUUGAUGCAACCAAGCUUUUUUGUCUGUAUAGAAUGGAAACUAGUGUCUCUAUUAGCGAUGUUCAUGUCGUUGAAACCGUUCAUGCGUUUCAUCGUGUUUCGAUCCUGACUCGAUCCUUCAGUGCUGAGACGCGAUCCUUUGCCGCGGCGAAUGACAACUCGAGGAGCGGCGAUAUAUUACGUAAAACACAGGCGAUGUGAUUUGAUAUUGUAGAUGUUGAUGUCAACUUAACGAUAAACAAUACGAAAAUUAUUCCCAAGAUGGGGAUUAUUCUCCAUUCAGUUGACAUUUACACUUUAUUAUCAUCGCCGUUUUUACACGCGACGUCACACAAUCCUUAUCAACAUUAGCUCUAAGGCGCUACUUCUCGAAAGAAGUCACAUUACGUACACAGAGAGAACGAUUUGUUGAAUCAAAUAAACGUUUCUUUGGAAUAGUCCAAACAUAUUAUUUGGUUGAUACAACAAAUAUUUCUUUGGAACUAAGCCGCAAAUAAAUAUUUUUGUUGCGUCAAACAAAAUUUUGUUCGAUCAAUCAAAAAAUUCAUUUGGGCUAUUCCAAAGAAGUGUUUAUUUGAUUCAACCAAAUCGUUCUCUCUGUGUAAAGACGUUAUGCACGUACGUGAAAGUAUUCAUUAUGUUACACGUAUGGACAAUAAACGAUUACACGCGCAUAAUCUCACGAGAGAAGUGAAAUUGACCUUAAAUUAAUUUUUUAGUUUAGUUUGUCUAGAUGAAGGUCCCUUCGCGCGUUUAAGGAGGACGUGUAUCAAAGACGAUUAAUCUCAAUGAUCUCAAUUCCACUUGACAUUAUACCUUUAUACGCUGACAUGCAGGUCCUAUUAAUAAUAUCACUAUUAAUUUUCUCUGACGGGUGAUUCACACGAUUACUUGCUUAAUGUUACUAAUGGUGCGUAUAUUGAUCGCACACAUUUAAUGCAACCUUCGAGCCGACUGAUAUAAUGCACCUUCACGUGGGCCUUACGUCUCGUCCGCGAACGAUUAAUCUCUUUCAAUUUGUCUCCAGAAUAAAUAUUGCGUACUUCUUGUGAUUACCAUAUAUUGUUAUACGAAUGUCCAAAAUUUUGUGAAUUUUGAAAUAAAAUACAGAUUCACCAUAGAAAAAGAAAA